UCCUGAUUUGCAACAUCAAACAAACUUUUUCAUUAUUCACUAUGACAACUUUCCUCUGUAAGCGUGUAAUCUUGCGGUGUUUGACGCAAAAUCUACCAGCUGUGUGUGGCUUUUGGCCGUGCCAAAAGUUCCAUGCGCCACACCGAGGAAGAGCGCUGCUGGUGACCGAGGCAAGUCGCUCUGUGGCGGGAUACUCUCACAGACAGGACCGCACACAGGACCGCAGACAGCACACGGAGGCGGGAGUGGCUGUGGAGGUGGAUUUAAAGCGGUUAGACGGGGAUGAUGAUGAUGAUGGCAUUGUGGAAGUGCUCAUGUGCAGACAGAGAGCAAGGAAUGCGCUGGGACAUGUGUUUGUAUCACAGAUGAGAGAGCUGGUGUCCUCUCUAUUCACUGACACGGCAGCCCGGGUUGUUAUCUUUCGGAGCCUGGUUCCUGGAGUUUUCUGUGCUGGUGCAGACUUAAAGGAGAGAGCCCUCAUGAACAACUCUGAGUCAGACCUGUUUGUCCACAGCCUCCGGUCUCUCAUGACUCAGAUAGCUGUCUUGCCCAUGCCGACUAUAGCAGCCAUAGAUGGAGUUGCUCUGGGAGGUGGACUGGAGCUCGCUUUGGCCUGUGAUCUUCGCACUGCAGCCUAUUCUGCACAUAUGGGGCUGAUUGAGACAACAAGAGGUCUACUCCCAGGGGCAGGGGGCAGUCAGCGUCUGCCGCGGACCAUUGGUGUCACUCUAGCGAAGGAGCUCAUCUUCACAGGGCGCCGCAUAGAUGGACGUACAGCUGUGGAGAUGGGACUCGUAAAUAGGGCAGUUGACCAGAACGAGGCUGGAGAUUCCGCCUACAGAGAAGCACUUAGUCUGGCCAGAGAGAUACUGCCCCAGGCUCCCAUUGCUGUGCGAAUGGCAAAGGAAGCGAUGAACAGAGGUGUUGAGGUUGAUAUGACAUCAGCAAUGGCAAUAGAGAGGAUGUGUUAUGCCCGGGUGAUCCCAACAAGGGACAGACAGGAGGGUAUGGCUGCUUUUAUUGAAAAGAGACCUCCAAGUUACAUAGGGGAAUAGACAAUAGUAGUUAAGUGUAUCCGUAAGUCCACUACACAGAAGCAUCCUCACAUGAUCACUGACAGAGGAAAUUAGACAACUGUGUGCUCAAGCAACUGAAUGUGUAUGUAAAUUAAUGUAACCAGUUUUAAGUUUUAUAUCCAAUUUACUGACAUAAGUCUCUUAUUUCAACUAUAUUUAACAUACAUUUAUUCUGUUGAAGAAAAAAGAUUAAAAAACAAAACAAAACUAAACUAAACUACUAAAUCUUCGGGAAUGUACAUUCUUUAUUAUAACAUGAAAACAUCACUCUCAGCAUGACAUGGCACAGUUUAAUUACCCACCUGCACGUUUUUUGUAGAAUAAAUUGCGCUGGUCUUUACCCAGGCAA